AUGUCUUUAUUAGAGUCCUUUAACUUAACCUAUAAUUCCCUAUAUUUGUUUAAAAUUUCUCGCGCGCACUUAUUUCGAAACUUUCUCGUGAGUACUUUUUUACGCGGUAUUAUCACCAUGUCCGGUGGAUCUCAUGCAUUAGAAUUAAAGGAGGAUGAUGUCAAACUUAUGACUGCUGCCAAGGUUCACAUUGGCAGUCCAAACGUUGACCAUAAAAUGGAACAAUACGUUUACGGCCGAAGCCCCGAAGGUAAUCAUAUUAUCGACCUUGGUAAAACCUGGGAGAAGAUUCUUUUGGCCGCUCGUGCUAUCUGUGCUAUUGAUAACCCUGCCGAUGUUGUUAUUAUCGGUGGCACACCAGCCUGUCAGCGUGGAUCUCUUAAAUUCGCUCACUACACCAAAACCACACCCGUUAAUGGUCGUUUCACCCCUGGUGCAUUCACUAACUACAUCCAGUCCGGAUUUAAGGAACCACGACUUCUCAUCGUUUGCGAUCCUAAAGCCGACCACCAGCCUAUUCGUGAGGCCUCAGCGGUUAACAUCCCAGUGAUUGGGUUCUGUAAUACUGAUUCUCCACUCACCUGUGUGGAUAUAGCAAUUCCUUGCGACAACAUCAACAAAUAUUCCAUUGCUCUCAUGCUCUGGAUGUUGGCAAGGGAAGUUCUUCGCAUGCGUGGCGAGAUUGUACGCAGCGAGCCAUGGGACGUCAUGGUCGAUCUUUUCAUUAUGAGGGAGCAAAGUGACGAAAAGGAAGUGAAUGUUGAGGGCGAAGCCCGAGAUGUCCCAUACGAAGUUCCUGCUGGAGAUGCUGCUGAAGCUGAAGUAGAAGAGUGGGAAGCGGAACAUCUCCCCGCGGCUGUUAUGCCGGACCUCGGUGUAGGAUCAAAUGGAGCCUGGUCUAAUUUUGAUGUUAAACCUGAGACCACUUGGGCUUAA